AUGGCGUCGGACGAUAGUACCGUCGUGCUCCCAGCACCCGCCCCCAACCAGACGUACGUCACCAUUUCCGCGCUGCAAGCCGGCCACCUCACGCUCCCCGAGAAGCUCUUCGUCACGGAUGCAGAUGCGGAGAAACGAGCAACAGUGCCUUCUCUCUCCUUCCUCGUACAGCACCACUCGUCCAAGCUCGUCUUUGAUCUUGGCCUGAAACGCGAUUUCUCGGGCUACCGAGAAGCACAGCAACACCACAUUGCGCAGCGCCAGCCCACAGUUGUAAGUCCCGAUGCGGCGGAGAGUCUGCGGAAAGGAGGCGUGGAUCCGGGCGAUAUUGAUACCGUGAUGCUGAGCCAUGUGCACUGGGACCACGUCGGUACGCCUAGCGACUUUACGCGAGCACAGUUUGUCAUCGGAAGCGGGACUAUGCAUGUCCUUGGCCAUGGCGACGGGCCGUUGUAUCCAGCCGAGAUUUUCAAUGCCGAUGAGCUGCCUGCUGAUCGGACGCGCGAACUGCCUCCUGUUCGGCCAGAAGACGCGGCGCGGGCGUUCCAGCGCAAGACAGAAGGACAUGUCUGGAAGCCAUUGGCGGGGUUCCCUGCUACGCUGGAUUUCUACGGCGAUGGAUCCAUGUAUGUCAUUGAUGCGCCGGGCCACUUAUCCGGACAUGUCAAUCUUCUUGCGCGGACUGGGCCGAAGAAAUGGGUGUACCUUGGUGGAGACUGUUGCCAUGACCCGCGCAUUCUGAGUGGCGAGAAGGGCAUUGCAAGAUAUGAUGACGGGAAAGGUGGCUUGAGAACUGUACAUGCGGAUACCCAAGCGGCAACUGAGACAGUCAGGAAGAUUGCAAGAUUUUUGAAGCGAGGAAACGUCAAGGAAGAAGGUGACGGCGAGGUCGAGAUUCUUGCCUAG